CCCCGCCCGCCGCCCAGAAGAUGGCGAGCCCGUGCGGGCGGCAGCAGUGCUCCAUCGAGAGGCGCGGCGUCCGCCACCAGCUCGAUUCGUGGCGACACAAGCUCAUUCACUGUGUAGGGUUUGAAAGUAUUCUAGAAGGCCUGUUUGGACCUGGAUUAUUAAAAGAUCUCAGUUUGUUUAAAGACUGUGAGCCUGAAGGUGUUUCUGAUUGGUCUUUUGAUGAAAAUUGUCUUUUCUGCUGCCUGAGAAGAGAAAAAGUGAAGGAACACUUAGUCAGUCUGGAUGAGCCAGCCUCGGAAGCUGGGCAAGAAGCUCUGCUUAGACAAGAGCAAGCAAAAAUCAUUCGUUUUGAAAGGCAAGCAGAAGAGUUCCUCAAUGCAGUCUUUUACAGAAAAGACAGUCCUAGGGUCUCUGACCCCAAUAUUCCCCUAGUGGCCCGUGAGAUCAUGCAGCGAAUGAUCCGACAGUUUGCUGCUGAAUAUACCUCAAAAAAUAGCUCUACUCAGGACUCCAGCCAGCCCAAUAGCACAAAGAACCAAAGCCUGCUGAAAGCAUCUCUGGUCGCCUCCUCUCCCACGGCUGCAACUGCUCAGAACCCUGUGCUCAGCAAACUUCUCAUGGCUGACCAAGACUCACCUCUGGACCUUACUGUCAGAAAGUCUCAGUCAGAACCUAGUGAACAAGACGGUGUGCUUGAUUUAUCCACUAAGAAGAGUCCUUGUGCCGGCAGCACCUCUCUGAGUCAUUCUCCAGGAUGCUCCAGUACGCCAGGAAAUGGGCGACCUGGGAGACCCAGCCAGCACCAUCCGGAGGGACUACAGAGUGGUGAUGGGGUACCUCCAAGAAGCUUGCAGGAUGGAACCAGGGAAGGUUAUGGCCACUCCACAUCUCUUAAAGUACCACUGGCUCGAUCACUCCAGAUUAGUGAAGAACUGCUGAGCAGAAACCAGUUUUCUACGGCUGCCAGCCAUGGGCCAUCUGGACUACAGAAUCAUGGACAGCACUUAAUAUUAUCCAGGGAGGCUUCUUGGGCAAAACCACACUACGAAUUCAAUUUCAGCCGCAUGAAAUUCAGGGGAAAUGGUGCACUCAGCAACAUCAGUGACCUUCCUUUUCUUACAGAAAACUCUGCCUUUCAAAAAAUGGCACUUCAAACUAAGCAGGAUGGGAAAAAGGACGUGAGCCAUUCGUCUCCUGUGGAUUUAAAGAUACCACAAGUUCGAGGCAUGGACCUUUCAUGGGAGUCCCGCACUGGUGACCAGUACAGCUAUAGCUCUUUGGUAAUGGGUUCACAAACGGAGAGCGCACUUAGCAAAAAGUUAAGGGCUAUCCUUCCAAAACAAAACAGGAGAAGUUUGCUGGAUGCUGGACCAGAUUCCUGGGGCUCAGAUGCUGAGCAGUCUACCUCUGGACAGCCAUAUCCCACCUCAGAUCAAGAGGGAGAUCCUGGCUCCAAGCAACCUAGGAAGAAAAGAGGGAGAUACAGACAGUACAACAGCGAGAUACUGGAGGAAGCAAUCUCUGUGGUCAUGAGCGGGAAAAUGAGUGUUUCCAAAGCUCAGAGUAUUUAUGGGAUCCCCCACAGUACACUGGAGUACAAAGUUAAAGAGAGGCUGGGCACUUUGAAAAACCCUCCAAAGAAAAAAAUGAAAUUAAUGAGGUCGGAGGGGCAGGAUGUUUCAGUGAAGAUUGAAUUAGAUCCCCAGGGAGAAGCAGCACAAAGUGCGAAUGAAUUGAAAGAUGAGUAGGGAUGUUGUAGAGUGCCAAUUACUUUGCAAACUGGGUGAGCACUACUGCAUAGUUCAACCACCACUGAGCGCACCUGAUUCUCUUAUUUACUGCAAUGCUCUUUCCUUUGCAGUUUAGCAUAGAUUUGGGUGGACACAGGUGAAAGGUGUGCUCUGAAUGUCACAUUUGUAAAUUUUUCUAGCCUGGUAUGGUGCAGUUUCCCUCCUCACAUGCCCACUACCCCUUUUUUUUCUUUUGCCUUUUGCAUGUUUCUCUGUAAAAGAGAGUUGAGUUACCUCACAAAGAAUGCAGAUCUGUGGAAGUAGACACCUUGCCUGUAGAGCCUGCCUGAACUCCUGGUGUUGGAUUUUUUCAUUUUUGCCUUUAUAGAAAUAAGUCCACUUUUGUUAAACCGAUGCUCUCUCAAAACCAGGCUUUUUUUUUGAAUGAGAAUCAGACUGUCAUUCAAAGUGUUUCAGAAAUCUUUUUUUCCCCCCUCCUUUUCUUUGAUCCAGUUGAUUGGAAGAUCUAAGCUACAUCAGGUUAUUUAGGAAAGGUACCUCUCUCAAACUCAGAUUUGUUUAUUAAAUGGAUAAUCAAUUGGAUCUAAUUAGGCUCUCCACUGUUUUCUUUCUAAAUUAAGCAUACUUUCAUUCACUAUCUGCUUAGUGCUCACCCGGAAGGGAGGGGAGGGAGAACUUAAAUACACUACCUUCAGAAUAUGUCAGUUAAUUAUUUGUAACACUACCUUCACUGUAAUUUUGUUUGCUAUUUUCGAAGGGUGAUAUUUAGACUCACCUGCUUGAGGAUGUAGCCUUAUCUCACGGAAGACAAGCUUCUCGCAGUCAGGAGCAGUCAGGGUACACUAAAUGAUGUAUUAGGGUAUGCCUCAUCGUAACAGAACUAUGGUUCUUUGUGACCUUUACGCUUUUUAACGACUUGAUUCUGAGUUUACUUAACUAUGUGGUUCCAACAACUAGUUUAAAUGACUCUAAUCUGGGGAAGGGGGAUUUGUGUAACAAAAC